AUGAUACGAAUUUGUGCUCGAGUGACGACUCGCUCGUCUGCGUACAAAGCCACGCCAUUUCGAAACUCACCGAUAUACACGGCUCGCCAAUUUAGCAGCUCGCAAUGGCGCAAAGAAGACCCGCGCAUCUCAGACUUUGGUCGCGAGAUCGUAGAUGAGUUUGCCGUGAUGCGCGAGAAAUACGAUACGCCUAAACACACCAUAGUCCUUGCCCACGGUUUACUGGGCUUCGAUGAACUACGAAUCGCCGGACAGUUUAUACCGGGCAUACAAUACUGGCGCGGCAUAACAGACGCACUGGCGCACAAGGGCAUUGAGGUCAUCGUGGCUGCAGUUCCGCCUAGUGGAAGCAUCGAGGCGCGGUCUGCAAAACUGGCUGAGAGUAUUGCGGUCAAGGCAAAAGGUAAACAGGUCAACAUUAUCGCAGGCCUCGAUUCGCGUUACAUGAUUAGCCAGCUCCGACCGACCGACUUUAAGAUACUUUCCUUGACCACCAUAGCCACUCCACAUAGGGGCUCUGCCUUUGCAGACUACAUGUUUCAGACGAUCGGUCCUCGUCGUAUCAAACGUGUCUACAGUGUUAUGGAGUACUUUGGCUUUGAGACUGGUGCCUUCUCGCAACUCACGCAAGAGUACAUGCAGAACAGCUUCAACCCCAAGACGCCAGAUAUACCAGAUGUCAGAUACUUCUCGUAUGGUGCGUCUCUCGAACCGACUCGAUGGUCCGUCUUCGCACCUUCGCAUGCCAUUAUCAAACAGAAAGAGGGUGUGAACGACGGACUAGUCAGUGUCCAGUCCAGUCGCUGGGGCGAUUACAAAGGCACUCUGAUUGGUGUAAGCCAUCUCGACCUGAUCAAUUGGACCAAUCGUCUUAAGUGGUUCUUUUGGGAGCUCACAGGUAGCAAGCGCAAUUUUAAUGCUAUUGCAUUUUAUCUUGAUAUCUGCGAUAUGCUAGCGAAGGAGGACCUGUAG